GUUAUGAUUCUACGUUUGACCAUAUAGAUCCUUUAUAUGUUGUUCAAUUCCGUUUCUCCAACCCUAAUCGUUUGUAGCAACCGUGAAUUCGCCUCGACAGGCUUUGGAUAUUUGAGGUUUGUAUACGUAGGAAGGAACACUUGAUGGAUAACAACAACUGGAGACCUUCCGUUCCAAAAGGAGAACCUGGUGACUGGAGAAAUCAGUUGCCACAGCAUUUGAUGUCUCAACAAAACAGCCUUCAUCAGCAACCAUUAGGCACUCAAAGAAGUGUUGCAGGACUGCAGCAACCACAACAACAGUUGCUCAGUUCCCAGACUAACCAGCAGUCGGUGCACAUGUUAUCACAGCCAACCGUUGGGCUGCAUCAGGCUGCUCAUGGCUUGUUUCUGUUUCAGGGCCAACUGUCGCAUCAUCAGCAGUUAGGUUUGCAACAACAACCUAAUCUGCUAUAACAGAGGCUACAAUCUUCAGGUCAAGUCACAGGUUCUCUGCGUCCACCUCAAAAUGUAGUGGACCAACAGAGACAACAACUAUAUCAAUCCCAAAGAACCCUUCCGGAGAUUCCAUCAUACUCCACGGCACAGACGGAAAGUGGAAAUGCGGUUGAUUGGCAAGAGGAGGUUUUCCAAAAGAUCAAAACUAUACAAGAAGCGUACUUACCUGAUCUUGCCGUAAUCUAUCAGAGAGCUGCAUCCAGGGUGCAGCAAAUGGGUUCUCUUCCGCGGCAACGAAGAUCAGAGCAGUUUGAGAAAUUGAAACAGUUCAAGGCAGCGGUGGAGCGAAUGAUACUAUUCCUAUCGGUGUCAAAGAGAGAUGUCAUACCUGCAUUAAGGGAUAAGGUGGCUAUCUAUGAGAAGCAGACUAUAGAUUUGGUAAAUAUGCUAAGACCGAGGAAUCCAGUUCAGCAAGGGGAGCUUCCCCAACAAUCAUCUCAUGGUGUGUUUUCUUCUCAAGGCCAACAGUCACAAAAUCAGCCAUCCCAGCAGCAGAUGAUGCCCCUUCAGUCGCAUCAUCAGCACUUACAACAACCUAAUCUGCUACAAAGGCUACAAUCUUCAGGCCAAUUCACAGGUUCCCUGCUUCCACCUCAAAAUGUAGUGGACCAACAGAGACAAACCCUUCCAGAGAUUCCAUCCUCAUUGUUAAACUCCAUGGCACAGACGGAAAGUGGAAAUUCUGUUGAUUGGCAAGAGGAGGUUUACCAAAAGAUCAAAACUUUGAGAGAUACGUACUUAUCAGAUCUAAAAGAAGUCAAACAGAGAGUUGCAGCCAAGUUGCAGCAAAAUUAUUUUCCGCAUCAACAAAGAUCUCUGCAGUUUAAUAGAUUGAAACAAUUAAAGACAAUGUUGGAGCGAAUGAUACAAUUCCUAUCCGUUUCAAAGAGAAAUAUAAAACCUGCAUUAAAGGAUAAGGUGGCUUCUUAUGAGAGGAAGAUUAAACGUUUCGUAAAUAUGCACAUGCCGACGAAGCCAGUUCAGCAAGGGCAGCUUCCGCAACCUCAGAUGCAGCCUGUGAAGCAACAGUCAUCUCAGAACGGUAAUCUUGGCAUAAACAGAGGUGACUGGAGAGCUCUACAUCCACCAAGUUCACGCCAGAAGAAUGUCAACACGCUAUUGGAAACACUGAAGAAACAUGUUCCAUAUUCUGGGGAAGAAGGAAUCGAAGAGCUCAUGAGAAUUGCUGUGAGCUUCGAGGAGUUAAUUUUCAACACCGCGAAAAAUCAGAUGGACUACUUUUGCAAACUAUCCUUGAAGAUGCAGAGUAUGAAAGAGGAAAGCUAAAGCCAAAUAAGGGGGAAGGCAAGUGCAUGUACAUAUUUGUGUAUAAAGAAACAACCUGCAAGAGGCAUGAAGCCAUGAAUAAACAUGUCAAGUGUGAUUUCUAGUUUCUUAGUAACAGUAGCAAAGGAAAAAGAAUCUCUUCCUUUUUUUUGGUGGAAACAAAAACUAAUAGAGUUAUCACUUAUUUUGAUAAAAGAAAAUAGAGUUAUCACUUAUAAAUAGGUUUAUGUAACUCUUAAUAUUCAUUUAUUUCGUUUUGGUUGAUUA